UCCACUAUGGCUUCUAUUUCCGGAUCUCGAUCGGGCGGCAAAAUUCUCCGCUCCCGCCGCCGCGCCGCCACCUCCAGGACACCAUACGACCGCCCCGCUCCUCCGCCACCUUCCGCUUCCGCCGCUCCUCCGAGCGCUAACUGGCUCUCCCGCUACGUUCUCUCCCCGACGCGUUUCAUUGCCUCCGGCACCGGGAAGUUCUUCUCCGCCGUUUUCGAUCUCGAUAGCUCUUCACCUACUUCGUCGUCUUCGGAUGAGUCUUCUCCAUGCUCUUCUGCUGCUGGUUCCAGUUCAGAGGACGUUGGUGCUUUUGAUGAUGAAAUUGAUAACACUGUCGAAGGUGAUGAUGCAUUGAACAAGGGGCUCCAGCCAUUAGUUGCGAGCAGCGAAAGCAAGCUUGUCAUUGAGCAGCUACUUAUGAAGGAGUCAUUCUCAAGGGAAGAAGGUGAUAGAUUGAUAAAAAUAAUCCGCUCACGAGUUGUCGAUUUUCCUGUCAAUGAUGAUGAUGAAGAUAAGGGGUCAAGAGAUAUAGCUUCACCUGAACUCUGUAGUGCUGCUGUUUUGGAGGCCAAGAAAUGGCUGCAGGAAAAGAAGUCAGGAUUAGAAUCAAACUCAGAUUUGGGUUAUGGAAUACGUAGUUUGGAUUUGGUUACAUUAACUCAAGUUCCCACAGAUGAAGGAUCACCUGUGGAUGUGGCGAAGUCAUACAUGCGCUCACGCCCUCCAUGGGCAUCUCCCUCCCUAGACCAUAUUAAGCCUCCAACACCAGUUGGAAUUCAACUCUUUAAAGAACAAACACCACAUCUAUUCGGUGGCAAUUCUACAUCCUCCUCCAAGGUGCAUUUGUUGAAAAGGGAUACUCCUGCUACUGGUUCAUGGAGUAUUCAGGAUGAAUUACGAAGAGUAAGAUCCAGGGCAACGGAGGAGAUGCUUAGGACAGUUCCUUCCUCAAAAAUUGAUUUGUCUCCUUUUCCUAUGGGAAAUACAAAUAAUGUACACACUUCAGCUAUUGAAAACAUCAAAGUUAGUUCUGGAGAGAAAGCACAUAAUUUUACAAAUGUAGAAUAUCCAUUAUCAAACUUGGCUAGUGGAAUCAGUGGUGAGGCCUCUCCUGGUUUGGAGAGUAAACUGAAUGGUUCCCUGCCUGAAUCUUUUCCAUCUGAUCUAGCUAAUAUUAAUUCUGAUCAGAAGCAGGGUUUUGGAGCUGUCCAGCAAAGUAAAGGUUCACAAGAUGGCUAUGGAGAAAUAACUACUUCAGGAAAGGGAGAUGGGUCCUUAAAUGAUGUGCACAGGGAUGGUGGUCUGGUGUACAUUGAUGCCACGAAUGACACAAAUGAUGAUAAUCAUCAGCUAGACUCAGGUUUAAAAUCUAGUUUACAUGAUGAAAACGGCUCAGUAAUCAAAGAGAAGGUUGUAGUAGAAGCUGCAUUACCAAAUGGGAAUUCAGGGCCCAGAAUUCAUGCAGGGCAGGUUAUUGAACAGAACAGGGAGACACUUGAUAAUGAACCCAGUACAGUUUAUUCAAGGCAGGAGGAGACGACAGCUCAGAGGGUUCUUGAACGAGAUAACUGUAAGGUGUUGAGUGAAUCCAUUGAAAUACCCGACUCUCAGAACAGUUCCAGCAUACAGUAUGAGGUUCAAGAAGACAAUAAUCUGCCAGGUUCGGAAGCUAACUUGGAAGCCACACAAAGUAGUAUUGCCAAGCGAAAGGGUAAGAGAAUUACCAGAUCCAACACGCGAGGAGGCUGGGCCAAGGGUGUCAAAUAAUUCGGGUGUGUAUUUUUAAUGUUGGAUUGUAAUUUAUUUUAGCUUAGAAGUUAGGGAUCUUCAGGCCAUUUGUUGUGAGAUCAAGAGUUAGUCAACGUCAGUUAGGGUUGCUUCCCCUGAAAUUCCGGGGAGGAUGUUGAAUGUAUUUUAUUAUGUAUAAAUCGUUAAAAUUAGAGACAUGGAAGAUUUUUCUUUUCCUUGUGUUAACUAAACAGGUUAUGUGGAUCUUUUGUGGGAUGUUAUGCUCAUGAAGCCAGAAUAACACUGGGAUCUGGAAUACUAAUAAAAAAACAGAGGAUGCAAUGCUAGAUUGCUAGCUUCUGGAAUAAGGCUCUCAACUCAAGCUGAGUGUGGUGUGGGCACUGGCUUUAUGAAGAUAACACACAUAUCCACCACCCUGCGGGAGUUGAAGUUUAACUAUUAUUUACUUCUAUCCUGAAGGGUGAUUCAAGUUUAUAGCACAUUUAAGCAUGAUGCCUGAGGGUUAUGUAACGCCAAUAGUUUGGAAUUGCAAGAACUUUGUGAUGUACACUAGAAUUUAUUUGUGAAAUGCAUGACGCCAAUUUCAAGGUGUUUAUUUUA